CCAGGUAGGGCGCACACAAAACCAGCGCGAUCCGAGCAGCCAUUGCGGAGCAGAGCCGAGGGUUUCGGACUAGUUUGCAUCGAUUCUCACGGCAUUAAAAGGCCACGGGACACAUAAAAGGAGGGUCCGAGCCCGGCACUGAUCUGUCCAUAGGUGUGGGGUCAUUAGGGUCUUAGCUUCUCUGUCACCCGGAGUUGAACUCUAGGGGUUUUUCUUCUGGUAUUGGGGUGGUGACUAUAGUUUUUCCUUGUUAAAAUGACGGUUAAUCCCGAUUAUCUGGUGCUGCUAUUUACUACCACAUCUGGCGCAAUUGGGGACCAGUUAGGGUCGGAUGAGAAGGAAAUUGUACAGUUGGUUUGGCAAGUUGUGGAUUUAACGAAUAAAAAGGCUGGCAAAGUAAACGAACUGCUCGUCAAACCGGAUCACGUUGAGCUCACUGAGGAGUGUCAGGAGGCGAGCGGACUUACCGAGGAGGCCUUGGCAACUUCUGUUCCUCUUGAGGAGGCCAUCGAUGAGUUGACUCAGAGGUUAUGUGCAGAAGUAGAUACAGGUGCAGGGAACUCCUUCUGUUUUUGUACAGAUGGACAGUUGCACAUUCGACAAGUUUUGCAUCCUGAGGCUUCCAGCAAGAAUAUUUUAUUGCCCGAGUGUUUCUUCUCAUUUUUUGAUCUCCGGAAAGAGUUCAAGCAAAAGUUCCCAUCAGAUGGGGAAUUUAAAGACUUGGAUCUUCAGAUAAUGGCUGACCACCUGAAUGUGGUUGUAGAUUCUUCUUCUCAUGCCUUCAUUGCACACAAGGUUCAGCAGAUGUCAGAUAUUGUUUUAGCGCUCAUCUCUGAGCCAGAAAGCCAUACAUUUUCCUGCCCUGAAAAAGUGAAUGACAAGUUUGAGACCGGCACCUGCAGUAAGAUGGAAAGGGUUGAUGAUAACACAGUGAUCAGAGCUCGUGGUCUUCCCUGGCAGUCAUCAGACCAGGACAUCGCCCGGUUCUUCAGGGGUCUAAACAUUGCCAAAGGAGGUGCUGCAUUGUGUUUAAAUGCUCAAGGAAGGAGGAACGGAGAGGCACUUGUUCGGUUCGAAAGUGAGGAGCACAGAGAUUUAGCCCUGCAGAGACAUAAGCAUCACAUGGGCACCAGAUAUAUAGAGGUUUACAAGGCAACCGGUGAAGACUUUCUGAAGAUAGCAGGAGGCACAUCUAACGAAGUGGCAAAUUUUCUGUCACGAGAGAAUCAGAUCAUCAUCCGCAUGCGCGGGCUUCCGUUCACCGCCACAGCAGAGCAAGUCCUGCAGUUUUUCUCCCCGGCGUGCCCGGUGACGGACGGCAGCGAGGGUAUCCUGUUUGUACGCUUUCCCGAUGGCAGGCCCACUGGGGACGCGUUCGUCCUGUUCUCCUGCGAGGAGCACGCCCAAAACGCCCUGAAGAAACACAAGGACAUCCUAGGCAAAAGAUAUAUUGAGCUUUUCAAGAGCACCGCCGCCGAGGUGCAACAGGUAUUGAACAGAUACUCAUCGGCCCCUUUAAUACCCGUGGCCCCCUCACCCAUCUUGUCCGUGGUGCCUCAGCCCACAUUCGUACCCCCAACCGCAGCAGUAACGGGUGUCCGCGACUGCGUGAGAUUGAGAGGUCUGCCUUACGAUGCCACCAUCCAGGAUAUAUUGGUCUUCCUGGGGGAAUACACUGCUGACAUCAAACCACAUGGAGUGCAUAUGGUGCUUAACCAACAGGGUCGCCCAUCUGGAGAUGCCUUCAUCCAAAUGCGUUCGGCCGAGCGGGCGUUCCUGGCCGCCCAGCGCUGUCACAAGCGUAGCAUGAAGGAGCGUUACGUGGAGGUGUUUGCGUGCUCCGCUCAGGAGAUGAACAUCGUGUUGAUGGGAGGAACGCUCAACAGGAGCGGCCUCUCGCCGCCGCCAUGUAAGUUACGACGUUUAUCCCCUCCAUCGUAUUCAUUUCAUCCCGGGACCACUGUCCUUCCAGCAGGGGCUGUCCUUCCUGCAGGGGCGGUGCUACCUGUGGAGCCGACAGCUAUUUACCCCUCCCAGUUCCUGCUGAGUCCCCGCCCCCUGGCACCUACAACAGCCUUCUACCCUGCCAAUAACCCGCUAUACAUGAACUACACUGCCUAUUAUCCCAGCCCACCUGGCUCCCCCCCUAACAUCAGCUACUUCCCAGCCGGCCACACACCUUCUGCUGGUUCAGUCCUCUCAGCCCCUCCCACAGCACUGAUACGAAUGCAAGGCCACGCCCAUUCCCACGCUUACAACAGUGGAGUUAAAGAGAUCCUCAGCAUGGUACACGGAUAUCAGCCUGGCAACAGUGAUGCCUUGGUAACUCUCCCCUCGAUGCUCUCAGCCAAGCAGCCUAUUGGAGACCACACAGUAGGAGGCGGGGCCUAUCUUGACUUGCAGUUGCUUUAAGCCAAUCCUAUCACAAGGCCACGGCACGUGUGGAGCAUGGAUUCAACGAACCCCUCAAAACGAAGCAGUUUAUGCCAUUCCUUAGAUAGCUAUUUAUAUGAGAAUUUUAAAAAGAAAUAUAUGUAUUUUGACAUUAAUGUAUAUUGCACAUUGUGUUUUUUUAAUGCAUUAGAGCUAAUAUUGUAGUUUUGUUGCCGAAGUCAAAUAUGUGUUUGUGAGAGUUUGUAUGUUUGUGUACAUACACAUGCAGUGAUGUUCACUCAGGAAAUAGCUCCUCAAACCAGGUUACCUGCUGCAUUAAAACUUCAUUCAUACCAUACAUUUAAGCCAAAGGACCAGAUAAAAGUGUGCAUGUGCGCGUGUGUGAGUGCUUGUAUGUCCCUGUUGAUGUGACUCUACCAUAAGUAUGUGUAGAUGUGUAGAGACCUUCUCAAGCCUUUUUCUUUGAAGGUUUUUAAUUUGCAUGAUGAAGUUCAGAGAGCUAGCUGUUAUAACAUGUUUACAAGAUUGGCCAAAUCCUUACACCGUACACUGCGUCGUGUGUGGAUAUCUGCAACUUGUAGUUUUACGACAGUCAUUUCGCCAAAAAUGCUCAUAAUCAGGAACAAUUUAUAGCCUUUGUGUUUUGUGUGUGUCAUUUAUUAGAAAUUUGUAUUAUGUAUCCUUACCCGAUCAAUCAAUGUACAAAAUCAUAUGGAUAAAUGUGCUAGUUGAUGUGUGUAUGAUGUGUAGCAGAUGAAUGUAUGUGUUUGUUUGUGUGCUAUCAAAAACACCAAAAGUCAAUGCAUGUGUGAUUAUUUACUGCACUCAGAGAGUGUUUUGGGCUUGCUGUAAUGCACACAGGUGUAUUUUCACCUUUUGUCUGUGUAUUAAGGAGAGUGUUUGUGUGCAUUUGAUGGAAUGUGAACAGGUUUAUAUUUUACCUGCAGCUGUAUCCCGUACCCUCCUGUUUGUUUGUUUGUUUAUACCAAUGUGCCACGUUUAUUAUACUCUGUGCUUUUUUAAAUAAUAAUAAUGAGUAAUUUGCAUGUUUAGGCUUUCAUGACCUGUAGGAGUAAAAUGUAUGACAGUAAAUUAGUCAGUGUGAUUUAUUUGUACUGAGAACCCACACAUGCCAAUAGGCAGUAGAGAAGCCUCAA